AGUAAACAAACACACGUGGAAGAUGGCGCUUUCAGCGCAGAAAGAGGAGAGGCGACGUGAGGACAUUUUAAAGGAAUUUAGAGCAUCGUUUUUCUCCAUGAAUCGCUUGGCUUCGUUUCCAUGGACGUUUAUAGAGAACGAGCUGCAGAGCAACGAGUCCUCAGAGUUCAUCUCAGAGCUGCUGAAGCAGACAUGUCUUCAUCCUCUGUGUGGGAAGUUUCCACCAUCGGUCCGAUUCAGGCGGCUGUUCCUUACAGAGCUCAUCAAACGGCAGGAGGCUGCAGGCUGCGAUCCUCUGGACGAGCUGUACGACGCCCUGGCUGAGGUGCUGGGGGUGGAGGAGACCCCCGGCUGCUACAAGAGCUACUUCCUGCCUAACGGAGACGCCGUCAGCCUUCUGGAGAGCAUCGCUCUGAUAUCCCAGGGAACCACGGGCCUGGUGACCUGGGAAGCUGCUCUUUACCUGGCUGAGUGGGCUCUGGAGAACCAGCAGGUGUUCGCCGGCAGGUCGGUUCUGGAGCUGGGAAGCGGUGUCGGAUUGACGGGCGUCACCAUCUGCCGCUCCUGCAACCCGCUCAGAUUCGUCUUCAGCGACUGUCACGCCGCGGUCCUGCAGAAACUCAGAGAAAACGUCCGUGUGAACGGGCUCGGCGGGGAGACGUCUCCUGCCGUCAGCGUGGAGGAGCUGGACUGGACGGCGGCGACGGAGGAGCAGAUCCGAGGGAUCGGCGCCGACACGGUGGUCGCUGCAGACGUCGUGUACGAUCCGGACGUCGCAGGAAGUCUGGUGAAGCUGCUGCUGAAGAUCCUGAGCUGCUCGCCGGCGCAGCUUCAACCCGAGAUCUACAUCUGCUCCACCGUGAGAAACCCGGAGACGUACGGCGGCUUCAAGCUGCAGCUCGAGGCUGCAGGACUGGGCCAUGAGGUGAUGACCGGACCCGCUGGCGCCGUGUUUCCCUACAACAGACUGGCGCCGUUAGAGCUCAUCAAAGUGUUCAGAGUCCAGGGAGGCUGAGGGCUCGUCUUCAUCUGGGAGCCGCCAACAGAGGCAGGACGUUCUGGUCCCAGUUGUCCUCCCAGCGCUGCCCCCUGCUGGCGCGGAGGUUCCUCCUGAAGGUUCCCAGUCUGCCGUCUGAGCCGGGGAAGUCUGAGAGGAGAGACUGGAAACCAGCGAGAAGAAGAGAACAUAAAACUCAGCGUCGUUGCUCUAAAGACGUUCAGUCGCUUCCAGAGAGACCAACAGGCAGAAGAGAGAAAAUGUUGCAGCUAAAAUGCAGGAACUGCGCCGUAUGAGAUUAAAGCCAAAUGAAUGUUUAGAUUGUACAGAAGCUGGACAUUAUUAGAAUAUCUCUCUGUGGCUUUUAGCAUCUCAGAUCGGGCUGAGUGUCGCUAUAAUAAUACUGAUGCUGCAAUAAUAAAGCAGCAACACAUUGAGGAGUCAGACUUUAAACUUCCAGCCCCUCCCACAGCUUUCAGAUUUGCAUCAUUAAAGUUAUGAGCUGGAUUUCAGCCACUGUGAA